AUGUCUGUAGCGCGUCUUUCCACCUCUGCUCUGAGGACUUCCCUCAGAGCCUCCCCUUUCAAGGUCUCGGCUUUCAACGCUGCCCGUUGCUACUCUUCCAAGAACCAGACCUUGAAGGAGCGCUUCGCUGAGCUUCUCCCCGAGAAGAUUGAGGAGGUCAAGGCUCUGAGAAAAGAGCAUGGCUCCAAGGUCAUCGACAAGGUCACUCUUGACCAGGUCUACGGUGGUGCUCGUGGCAUCAAGUGCCUCGUCUGGGAGGGUUCCGUUCUCGACGCUGAGGAGGGUAUCCGUUUCCGCGGCAAGACCAUUCCCGAGUGCCAGGAGCUCCUCCCCAAGGCUCCCGGUGGCAAGGAGCCCCUUCCUGAGGGUCUCUUCUGGCUUCUCCUGACUGGCGAGGUCCCUACCGAGCAGCAGGUCCGCGACCUGUCCGCCGAGUGGGCUGCCCGCUCCGACAUUCCCAAGUUCGUCGAGGAGCUGAUCGACCACUGCCCUACCGACCUUCACCCCAUGGCUCAGUUCUCCCUGGCCGUUACCGCCCUCGAGCACACCUCUUCGUUCGCCAAGGCCUACGCCAAGGGUGUCAACAAGAAGGACUACUGGGGAUACACCUUUGAGGACUCCAUGGACCUGAUUGCCAAGCUGCCCACCAUUGCCGCUCGCAUCUACCAGAACGUCUUCAAGGGCGGCAAGGUCGCCGCUGUUGAGAAGGACAAGGAUUAUUCCUUCAACUUCGCCAACCAGCUCGGCUUCGGCAGCAACACCGACUUCGUCGAGCUGCUCCGUCUCUACCUCACCAUCCACACUGACCACGAGGGUGGCAACGUCUCUGCCCACACCACCCACUUGGUCGGCAGUGCUCUGUCCUCCCCCUUCCUUUCCGUUGCUGCUGGUCUCAACGGUCUGGCCGGUCCUCUCCACGGUCUUGCCAACCAGGAGGUUCUCAACUGGCUCACUGAGAUGAAGAAGUCCGUUGGCGACGACCUCAGCGACAAGGCCAUCACCGACUACCUCUGGUCCACCCUGAACGCCGGCCGUGUCGUUCCCGGUUACGGCCACGCCGUCCUCCGCAAGACUGACCCCCGUUACUCUGCCCAGCGCAAGUUCGCCCAGGAGAAGAUGCCCAACGACCCCAUGUUCCAGCUCGUCUCCCAGGUCUACAAGAUCGCCCCCGAGGUCCUCACCCAGCACGGCAAGACCAAGAACCCCUACCCCAACGUCGACGCCCACUCCGGUGUCCUCCUCCAGUACUACGGUCUUACCGAGGCCAACUACUACACCGUCCUCUUCGGUGUUUCCCGCGCCAUCGGUGUCCUUCCCCAGCUCAUCAUCGACCGCGCCCUCGGUGCCCCCAUCGAGCGCCCCAAGUCCUUCUCCACUGCCAAGUGGGCCGAGCUUGUCAAGAAGAUCUAA